CCCAGCCACAGACUGGAGUCAUGAAUCCUAUAUCAGUGCUGACCCUCUUGGGGGUCUGGACCUUGCUACCCUGUGUCCCAGCUCUGACCUGCCGGAGAAGCAGAAUACAGACCGUGAGGAGCGUGGUAGAGCUACCUCUCGAGUGGGAAAUGGAUGAGACAACUUGUGAGGCCGGGGAGGGUUGCCAAGAUUUGGUGAUGCUCCUGUACAAUGGACCCCAGAUCAACUUGGUGGUCAUCAAGGACUGUGUUAAGGUUGAGGACCAAGAGCCAAGGGUUACCUGGCUCAGGACAGGCCCUGGGCUCUCUGUCGUCUCCUACAUCCAUGUGUGUCGCCAUGGUGACCUCUGCAACGAUGCACACAGCACUAAGAUCCUUGGGGACCUACCCACACCCACAGUCCCAGGGUCCCUGCGCUGCCCGCUCUGCCUUUCUAAGGACGGCUGUGAGAAUGCACCGGAGCAGGUCUGCCCUGCAGGAAGCACACACUGCUACAAUGGAGUCCUCAGGCUCAGGGGAGAAAUCAUCAAGACCAAUCUCAAGGUGCAGGGCUGCAUGCCCCAGCCAGACUGCAACCUGCUCAACGGCACCAAGGUGAUUGGGACCUUGUAUAUGAACGAAUACUGUGGUCUUCAGUUAGGUUCACAGGCUCUGGAUUGCAACAGUGGAGAACUGGACACUGUGAAUAAUGUAUCGGAUCUGCACCUGAGCUGGACGACUGGCUGGAAAACCUGUGAGGCUGGCGAGGCGUGUUACGAAACAGUGAUGCUAACACAGAAUGGCCUGGGAAACCUGAGCUGCCCAUUCUGCCUUUCUAAAGAUGGCUGUCCUCAGAAUGGACCCGAGCGGGUCUGCCCUGCAGGCAGCACACACUGCUACAGUGGAAUCCUCAGCCUCCACGGAGGAGGAAUCAUCUCUAAUCUGAAGGUGCAGGGAUGCGCAUUCCAGUCCCAGUCAGACUGCAACCUGCUCAACGGCACCCAGACAAUCGGACCCAUAAAUGUGCGUGAGGGCUGCGGUCUUCAGUUAGCUGCAGAGGUUCUGAAAUGCCAGCACGGGACUCUAGAGACCGUGCAGGAUAAAUCGAAUCUGCCUCUCCAGUGGACGGCUGGCCAGAAAACCUGUGAUGUGGGUGAAGGCUGCCAAGACACGCUGAUGAUGAUAGAGAACGGAGAGCAGGUGAAGUUGGUUCUCACGAAGGGCUGCACUGCCGCAGAGGACCAAGAAGCCAAAGUCACGGAGCACAGAACUGGCCCAGGCCUGUCUGUCACCUCCUACACCCGAGUAUGCCGGGAGAAAGAUUUCUGCAAUGACCUGUCUACCACAGCCCCUCUCUGGGCUCCACCUCUAGUGACAGCCCCAGGGAACAUGAGCUGCCCCCUCUGCUUUUCUGCACAAGCCUGUGAGAGUGCUCCAGAGCAGGUCUGCCCUGCAGGGAGCACACACUGCUACAGUGGAGUCCUCAGCCUCCAUGGAGGAGGGAUCAUCUCCAAUCAGAAAGUGCAGGGCUGUAUGUCCCAGCCGGGAUGCAACCUGCUUAAUGGCAUACAGAAAAUUGGACCUAUGGAUGUGAGUGAGCACUGCAGUCCUCUGUCAAAUACUCUGACAUGUUACAGGGGGAUCAUGUUUAAGCUUGGCUAUGGCCUUGCUGAGGAAGCUGUCAAGUGGACUGUACCAGGGACUCAGGCAUGUGAGCUUGAUGAGAUUUGUCAAGAGACACUCCUGCUCAUAGAUGUAGGACAAAAAUCAGCCCUCCUGGGGAGCAAAGGCUGCAGCAAACCUGGGGCACAGAACAAUGUUGGUGUCUCCAUAUUCUCUCGGCCCCCUGGGAUGCUGAUGGUUUCCUAUACCAGAUUCUGUUCUUCCCGCCUAUGCAAUGGAGCCAACAGCAGCAGCGUCCUUCUAAGCAUCCUCCCUCAUCCAGACGUUCCUCCCCCAGGAGAUGUGCAGUGUCCCAUGUGUGUACAGUUAUUUGGAUCCUGCCAGAACACCAAACUUUUCACCUGCCCUCAGGGUGCCACUCACUGUUAUAAAGGUGACAUUGAGCUACGGGGAGGUGGACUAUCUUCCACAGUGGGCAUUCAGGGGUGCAUGGCCCCACCUAUCAAACCCUUACUGGGUGGCUCCAAAACAAUCGGGAUCUUCUCAGCAAAGGAGAUCUCUGGCUAUCAACGUGAUGAUGAAAAUAAUGGCGACUCUCUUCUUGAUGGCGCCUCCACCUCUUCCCUGGCCUGGAUGUUAGGGCUCUCAGCUCUUCUCAGCUCUUUGUGUGCUGGGAUCUGUCCUCUCUGCUGAACCCAUUUCCUGGCCAUUUUUAAUCCCUCUUGGCCACCCAGCCCUCCUCUCACUUCAUAACCCAAAGACCUGAGACUGGGCACUGUCAGCCUGCGCUGUUGGGUGCCCUCAUCCCUCACCCACACACCUCAUAUUUACAUAUGGGAGCCACUGAAUUCACCCGGUUUCAGAGCAGACAACCGCACAUUGACCACACAUGUGGAAAAAUAAAGUUGCUGUUGUUUCUACAAA